AUGUCCGCGCUGGUGAUUACGUUCAGCUCUCCGACUUAUGGCACCUCGAGAACCAAGAAGAUCAAACAGCAGCCAAACCUUUUUCAAAUGUCCCGAGGCCUACCUAUCUUCUCCGAACUCGCGCAGGAGCACAAGACGGUCAAAACGGUCAGAAGACUCCGGAAAUAAUGGCACUCGUAAUCAGGCGACCAACGAAAAUCUCUGACAAUAUGCUCGUUAUGGGACCAAAAAUUUCCGACCCCGUCCAAGUGCCUGCGAUUUUUUGGCCAUAUCCGCUGCCAAAGGCAACCGACUCUCUCUGGUGGAUUUUAGCUGCAGCGAAUUUAGAAUAUUGGACUCCAGAGCUCGCUCUUGAGUGCCAAUUCUCAUCCAUAGACUCUGAAAUUCGAUUUAGCCCAAUCUUUCAGAUUUACAGAACGUCUGGUUUUGGCCAUGGGUCAUGCUUGUUAUAAUGACAAUCCACUGAGCGCUGGAGAUCGACCCGAACUCAAGAAUUUUUCCAAGUUCCCGCGCUGUUCAAUGGCAGCCCCAAUUGCUUUUCAUGAAUGCUCAACGAUGGAAUCUCGCGUUCAGAAGUCCUUCACGAACCAUGGUCAAGUCCAUCAAGCUGUUGAACUACUGGAACAGCUGGCUGCGUUGUGUCCUGAAGUCGAGUCUGGAGAAGCCUCUGUCGUUGUACUCUCUCCAUAUGCAGCAGCCGUCACUGAGGUACGUUCCAUGCUGCCUGAAGUCCUCCAGAAAUUUCCGGCAAUGCGAGUUCGCGUAGCAACCGUUGAUCAGUAUCAAGGACAGGAAGCCGAGGUCGCUUUCUUCAUAACUACUCGAACCGCGACGCAAAGUAAGAACGAUUUUGCUUCAUACUCCCCACGCACCACGGUGGCCCUCACAAGGGCGCGUCAAGCCUUAGUGAUCCUUGGACGUCGCUCGUACAUCAAUCAUCACGCCAGCAUCGAGCUGCAAAAACUCCUGGAAUACGCUCGCAUUUCAUUUUCUGUUUCAUUUUUGUUUUCGAGUGCUUAUUAUUCCUAUAUCUUGCCUUUAUACAGUCCCUUUAUUAUUGUCAUGUCUGCAUAUUACCCUUCACACCAUUUGAUGUCAACGUCUCAAAUGUUCCUCUCGAUCGGCAAUAUUUUACAUUUGCAUAUCUCGUUGCUCUGGCAAUUCACAGUAAUCACUUUUGUUCUACUUUCAGAUCACCGCAAAACACCUUCAUCAGUACACCACUUCAUCCCCGCGCUGGUCCUAAAAUAAAAGGGUGGAGGAGUAAGACAUUGGAUGUCUUGAGGAAUAUCUGGCCUGGUUUUGAGCCCUGAUCCGCGGUUGACCCGCGCUCCCCUUCCGUGAUCCGGGCGCUAAUUUUGGCCGGUUAUUUUUGGCCCUCAUUUUGGCCCUACAAACUACAGGAGUCAAAAAGGACACCGAUGCCUCACACCUGGUGAGUCACCUGCGAGGAGGCCUGAGGGCAGAACUUUCAGGAGGGUUCUGGAAGCUCCAUAAUUUUCCAUAAUUAGCGGCCACUGCAAACUACGAUGGGCGCAGCACAGAGCACAUGGGAAUGGCCUCAAGAUCACCAGUUGCCCCGCCCAGGAUCAAGCACUAUAUAAGACGGCAUCAGCGCCUCUGCCAGGACGUCCACCCAGAGGAUAACCUCUAG